AACCAAUACAAGAAGAGAGGGAAACAAAUCCACAAGGUCCUGAGCCACAUAAAGCCAAACUGCACUAUCCACUAUCCAUCUUAUCGUGAGAACUUGCUUCUCUUUACUGAAAACAUGGCACUUUCAUCUCUCUGUGUUUCUUGUCCCUUAUCAAACAAGUUGAAUGUGCCCCAUCCAAAUCUUUUUUCUUGUCAAAACUCUAUCACAUGCCCAAGAGAGACCGCUUCCAUUGAAGAAAGUAAUUGCAAGAGACGGCUGCUACUGUUGGGAGCUGGAAUUCUGACUGCAAGAUUACUCCCUACGAAUCCUCUCUUAGCUCAAGGGAUUCCUAAAAAUUAUCAGGCGUUUGUUGAUCCUAGAGACGGGUAUUCGUAUAUUUACCCCUCGGAUUGGAUAGAUUGUGACUUCGUAGGACAUGAUUCUGCGUUCAAGGACAGAAUCUUGCAGUUUCAGUUUGUUCGAGUGAGAUUUAUACCAACUGACAAAAAGGAUAUCCAUGAUUUGGGUCCUGUGAAUGAGGUUGUUUAUAAUUUGGUUAAGCAUGUAUAUGCCACACCAAAUCAAAUUGCUGACAUAGAAGACAUGCAAGAGAGGACUAUAGAUGGGAAAAACUACUAUGCAUUUGAAUACAAAUUGACUUCCCCAAAUUACUCAAGCCAUUCCUUCGCAACCAUAGCCAUUGCCAAUGGGAGAUAUUACACACUGGUUGUUGGUGCACUUGAUAGACGAUGGAAAAAGCUCCGGAAUAAGCUAAAACUGGUGGCAGACUCUUUCAGAGUGCUUGAUAUCUGAAAUUUUAUAUUAUCAAGCUCGACUUUCUUAAAAGAGAGACUAUAUUUGUUUAAUCCUAAUGAGCAACAAAAUUUUUAUCAUUUGUUGUAAAUAUAUAUCAGAAGACAUUGAUGAAAACUAUCACAAAUAUUUAUUUACAAAGAUUACAACUA